AUGUCGUCCUUAACUCCCAAAGAAUUGAAUCAACUUGCUGAAGAAACUGGUCUAAGUAAGUUAUCGAUUCAAGAUUGGCACAAACGGUUUAUACAAGAAUGUCCAACAGGUGGCAUCUCGAGAGAUCGUUACAUCAAUUUAUAUCGUUCAUACUAUCCUCGAGCGCGAAACGCGGAUACAUAUGCUCAGAUGUUAUUCACAGCAUUUGAUGAUGAUCGUGAUCAAGCGUUGAAUUUUCGUGAAUUCCUUCGUGUUGUUACUGUUAGUCAAGGUACAGAUGAAAAGGCUAAGCUUGAACUUGCUUUUAAAGCUUAUAAUCGGAAUCAAGCGGACGCGAAUUUAACACGGAAAGAAUUGCAAAACGCGCUGAUGGCGAUUUUGAAUUUGAUCGAGACACGAGAUACACCUGAUGAUCGCGAUGAAAUGGACAAACGUCAGCAGACAAUUGAAUGGGUUAUGAAACGUUUAGGUUUCGAUGAAAAGAAUGAAAUUUCAAAGAAGGAUUUCGUCCGACGGGCAAAAAGUGAUCCAAAUCUGUAUGAAUUCUUAGCAUUUCACUGCGUACCAAAACCGAACUGUUCGGAUGGAGAUUUACGUGGAAAAGAAAAGUACAAGAUAGCAAUCAAAACCGGUGCUGAUGGUAAAAAGGCAUCUUCCAUCCGAGGUGCCGGUACUGAUGCCAAUGUCUAUCUUAUUUUACAGGGUGAAAAGGGCCGUACAGAUUCCAUUCAUUUACAAUGUUCUCAAACAAACAAAGAUCUAUUUGAAAACGGAAACACCGAUAUAUUCACACAAUUUCUGCCAGCUAUCGGCCGAAUCAAAGGUGCAACAUUGUGGCAUACAGGUGACAAAUCGCAAGGGUGGUAUGUCGACGAUCUGUCAGUGACAAAUGAAACAUUGAAUACGACAACUUAUUUUCCUAUUCAACGUUGGCUUGAUGCUGAUCAACAUGAUAAUAAAACCAAAAUUGAUUUAGUCCCAAAUCAAGCACCCGGCUAUGAUCAAUAG